AUGCCCGCUGAAAAUAUCUUGAUAUCGUUGUUUCUAGUGUGGGUGUUCGCAGUACUGUCAUUGGCGCUUUUAAACGAGCAUUGUAUCACUGGGCAAGGCAGGGAUCGAGAAGACAAUCAAAAACUACAAUGUAACGGGAGAGAUGUGUUUCCACGGCCACACUACUCAGGCAUUAAGUAUUGUACCUAUUACUAUAAUUUCUCUAACAACGAAUGCGGAAGCGCGUCCAUAUUUCAAGGACACGGAGUUUUUGCGAGUGAAGGGUAUGAUAAUAUGUGCGGCCCGCUAUCAACGGCGGAGUUCAAGUACACAUUGAUCAUUUGUUUCUGCUUCAGCAAGCAUCGUUGCAAUACCUCGAGAAAUGUACAGAAAAUGAUGAAAAACGAUAUGAUGGAACUAUACGAUAUUAGUGGAUAUAGUUCGGUGGUAAAUGACGCAACCAAGAAAUUAUUUGAAUGUAUGAAAAAAGACAUCGACAAAAAUAUUGGAAACUCAAAAAAAGCCAGGAAAAAGGACGGAGGACUGCCCAUCAGCGUGGGACUCUUAAUUGUAAUUGUUGUUGGCAGCGUUCUUCUAAUAGGUACAAUAGUAGUGCUCAUCCCAUUUUUGAGGAAAUGGCACAAAGCUCGACAUAAGAAAUGGCUUGAAGAAACCUGGGAGGAACGUGUGCGACAAGCUGCCAAAGAGCUUAACGUUCAAAAUAGCAAGGAAGCCGGCGAACCGGAAAAAGCGAAGUACGACAAAAAGACAAGAGCAGGACGAAAAGCACUCAAAACAUUGAUUGAAUCCAAAGGAGGGUCGAAGGAAUCGCAAGAGAAGGGAUCGAAAGAUGAUCUGUUUCCAAUGGCAAUAGGACCGAACGAGCAGAGACCUUCAGCAGAGAAGUUUUCCGCGGGAGCAGGAAAAGGUUCAGCAGAAGCGGGCGGCUUUCCUGAAAGAGGCUUUGGUGGAUUUGGUCCUCCUGUGGGUAGAGGCUUCUCAAAUGAAGCUCAGGGGAUGGGUAUGCAGUAGCCGAAGGACUUUUGACGACAUUUUGCUUACAUUCGUAAUGAAAACCAUCUUCCUAAUUAUCAUUAAGUCAUUGUUAUGACAAGCAACUAUUGUAAAUAAAUUGAUA